AUGGAAUAUGACCCUGGAGAGAAGAGGGGUCAAGGACAGCUGGCUGAUAUUCAGGGGUCACCUCCUCCAAGCUCUGAAAAGGUCUGUCCCGACAAACAGAAAACGAAGCAAAGUAGCAGGAGGCCUGCAUGGAUGAGCACAGAGCUCUUAACUGAACUCGAACAUAAAAACAAAGUGUGGAAUGAAGGGGUGGAAGCAGGGGCAGCUUUGUUUCCCGGGGCCUUUAACUGUUGCACAAAAGUUUCAGAUGAAAUUCCCAAAGGAAUUCUCAGAAGAGUGGAGAGGUUUGAAAUCCAGAAAGCGGAUGGCCUGUGUCACCUAGAAGCUGUUAUUCUCUACAUAAAAGGCAGAAAGUUCUGUGUGAGCCCACGGAUUAGAAAAGUUAAAAAAUGGAUGAAGAAGAAUAAGCACAAGAUUCCCAGAAAAAAAACUCAUGGUAGAAAGCAGAGAAGAACCAAAAUUAUUAAAAAGAAAGAAAAGAAGCAGUAA